AUGCUUCGUUUACUCUCUGUGGCAAUGGCCCUCGGCCAGGUCCAAGCUGGUGUGGUCUCCCGCCUGGAGUCGUCCUCGUCCCUGGAGGGCAUGUCAUCCCUGCUCGAGAGGGAUGCGGCCGACCUGCCGACCUACAAGCCCGAAGAGGCGUUCGACUACAACAAGUGGACGCCCGACUCGGCCCUCUACGAGGGACUCCCCAUGAUGGACAAGCAGGUCGAGAUCGACGGCAAGCAGUUGACCUACCAGGACUUCAACAUCUCUGCCCUCACCACGGAUCAGUUCAAGGCGCACUACAUGAGCCUCCCCGAGUACUUUGACUCCAAGGGCAACUUCAUCCCCACGGAUGAGGAAGUCAAGGCUUACCAAGCAUCCAUGGUUUCUCUCGCCAGCAACCCCGACUCGGAAGUCCACGUACCCGCCAGCCAUGUCAGCAAGAGAGCCUUCCCCGAUAUGUGCUUCUACGACGACAGGCUGCGAUGCUCCAGCAGCUGCACCAACUACGUUCACCGCGGUGUGAGACAGUCGUUCAACAACAACGUCUACGGAUACUACCACUACGUCUCGGACCCCCAGUGUGGUGUCGGCUCUAUCAGCAAGACUGUCUCCGUCACUCACACCUCCGCCGUCACCCUUGGAGGCUCCAUUGGUAUUCCCGGAUUCGGCGGUAAGAACACUUGGACCAAGGCCGUCUCUACCUUCCUGAGCACUUUUGGCCUCAGCAUCAGCAAAUCUCCCGACAGUGUCACCACCGGUAUCAGCUACUCUGGCACCUGCGGCGCCUUCAACGUCUGCUUCCUCUGGGAGAGACCUCACUUCAGCGUCGACAAGGGCGUCAUCGUCACCCAGUACAUCGAUGCCAACUCCAAGAGAGCCUGCCAGGCCCCCACCGUCACCCCUUACGAGGUCCACGCCGUCCACACCGACAAGGACGCCGGCGGUGCCAGCGCCCACGGACUGUGCUACUCCAUGGCCUACCACGGAUGCGGUGGCCGUCCUACCGCUUCCAACCAGAUGAUUCGCUGCCCUAACAACUACUAA